AUGGCACCGAAUGGGACUCAUCUCAUUCGUUUCCUAGCCGAGGAAGAUGGUCAAACUCACAUCGGACAACUCGAUUCUCAAAAAUGGCUCGACGCUGGUCCAAGUUUGGAUCGCAGUGAAUGGGUUCCAGCCAAUCUUGACCGAGGGUGUGCCUUUGACGGAGUACUCACGGACGAGCGGAGGACGGUGAAAUGGUUGCUAUCUCCUCUCCCCAUGGACGAGGUUCCCAUUAUCCGCUGCAUAGGGUUUAACUACCGCGACCAUGCGAGGGAAGCCAGCAUGUCGAUUUCUAACGUGCUAGUCCUCUUUAUCAAGCCGCGAACCGCAUUUAACGAUCCUGAUCCAGUAAAGAUCAAUAUACCUAAGAUUGCUCAGGACGGAACAAGCGACUAUGAGGCAGAAUUAUUGGUGAUAAUAUCUAAGACGAGUCGCGACAUCCCCAAGGAGAAAGCCCUAGACUAUGUUUUGGGAUACACGAUGAUGCUGGAGCUCGUGCCCAGCAAUUCAAGAACGGCCGGUGGUGUUUCUCGAAAGGUGGGCGGGCCCGUCAUUCAGAACAGACCCUGA